AUGUCAGAGUUCAAGAUGAACGACGAUGUCGAUACGGACCGAUUUGAUCACCAACAUUUUCGACAACAUGCGAGUGCGCCAUCAAAGCCAACGAGCAGAGAAACCGUCUACCCAGAAGAAGACCUUUUUGCAGGCUUUGGGCCGGAUUUUAACACUCCUCUUGAGUCUCUCGAGAAUGACAUCCCCAUGGGCGAUAUUAAUGCUCUUGUAGAAGCCGCGUCCCUUUCCGCGCUGGUCCUCGAGGCUUCUGUUUCUAGCGACGGCAAUCCCUUCGCCCGACGUACAAUACCAACAAAGCCUGCCACAAUCAUGCGGCCCAACUGGCGCACCGAGGCUGGCCAAAACAUCCGCCCCCACUAUUUCCACAACGCGUUCCUGCUGAAUGGUGUAGAAGCCGUCGGAGCUCCCGGACCCGUUGGCCAUCCUCCCGAUGCUGGCUUCUCGCGUAGCAACCAUUGGACACGAUAUCAACCCUAUUCACGGGCGAGCAAGCCUCGGAUCUCCAAUGGUGUCAAUCAUCAAGCCUCCAACGACGUCAACAUCGACACCGUCUCUGCCUACGAACGCCAGUACGCCGGCCUCGACGUGCAAACUAGCAACAUCGGCUUCGACGCGUCCGAUCCCGUCACUGGAACCAAGAGCAUCAACGACGCCACGGCUAGCUUGGUUGCCAACAUCGAGCGAAAGUACGCCAAAAUCACGCCCGAUGUGCUCGCGCAGGAAAAGCUGAUUAGCGGCAAGGUGAAGGAAACGCCAAAGGGCUCGAGGGAGCGGGCGGAUAUGUAUGAGCGUUGA